UCAACCAGCUCCUCCCAAUCCAUCCAGCCUCCUCCCCUCGAUCGACCAAUCCACCUCCGUCCCUGUCCUCGCGCUCCUGGCCGCGGCCGCCACCGCUCAGGCGCCCGGAGCAGCCCCCAGCGUCCUUCGCCUGCAGGCACCACUGCCAUGCCUCGUUGUCCGCCCGCAUGCUCGUGGACGCCCGUGGCCAUGCCUAUUUUCCCUCCUCUAUUCGAUCCCGAGUGGAUCGUGAGCACCAGCGCCUCCCCACCUCCUUGUGCAUCCACGCCGCCGGCGACAACAGUAAUAGCAUGUCAUGCCGCCGGCCUCGUCCCGCUCCUUCCCUUCCCUGGCUCUCUUUAUUCCUUCUUUUCUCUCUCUUUCUCACCACUCUCUCUCUCCAGGUGCUCAACCACUCUGCUAUCGACCCUGCUCGCCAGGAAAACCACUGCCAUGGCUACCCGAGGCUCAUCGUGGGUAAUCUAGGACCUCACCGUGCCAACUCCAUCUCUUCCUCGCAGGACCGGGGCCUGCUGCUCGCCGCUCGCCAGCCAUGGAACUCGGAUGCAUGCCCCGAACCGUCUCCAUGCGCAGGAUUGGCUCCAUCCCCAAGGCCGCUGGACCUCGUCUGCCCUGCUGCAUUACCGGAUCCGGCCGCCAGGACACUUCAGCACCGCCACUUCCUUCCUCAUGUUGUUGUUUCUGUUUCUUCAGAAACGAGAGCAGCAGCAGCUCGCUCGGUUCAGUCUGGCGUUGACCACGUCGGCAGGCCCAGCACCCCCCUUCCAGCCCGCCUCUUCCACAACCCGGGCCAAAGGCCUCAAGGGCUCGGUGUGAGCAGCUUCCCCGCGCCCUGGGCCAGAUCUCAGUUUCGGCCCGCUUUAUUUUUUUUCACUAUCAGCGAAUUUGUUCUUUUCCCAGGAAUUACGGAUUUGCAGAAAAAUCCCUAAGCUCCAUGCAUAUCAUAACUCACCAACCGUGCAUCUUUUGUAAAAACAUUAUAUAUGAAAAAU